AUGGAGGGUCUGGUGGCGUUGUGGCUCAGUUACGGACCGGUCUCCGCAGCGCUCUCCGUCUUCCUCAUCGUUCUCCUCUCCAGAUCGAAGCUCUUCUCCUCUCCCUUCUACCGUUUAGUCGUUCUCGAUCUGAGUAUCAACCUGACCUGCUACAUAAACACUUGGCCGAACCGACUGAAAUUCCGUCCGGAAGGCGUCCCCCUCAUUCUGCCAAUCUACGAGAGCGUGCCGAAGAUUCUGGAGGUCUCUCAAGUGGCCAUGAAGUUCUUCCUUCAUGCGCAGAGUUUGAGCACCAUUUGUCUUUGGGUCUAUCGCUUGAGCCUUUUGAAGAUCGACUAUGACAACAAGUUCUGGAGUCGCUAUUAUCUGCCUAUCUAUUCACUUCUCAUGAUAUUUGCCGGAGGUGCUACUGCGAUCGCCUGUUGUAUCCUUCAUCGUGUCGAGCGCUUCGACUACGCGGAAAAUGCCUUUCGAAGUGCUCCCUACUCGCCGGUAAGUUUGAAUUCUCAUCAGUGCCCGGCAAAGCUUCCUUAAGACCUGCCGAGGCCUAGACAUUUGGUAUUUGCGAUAAUUUCCGAGCGGACUAUUGCAAGUGGGUCAAAAGUUCAGGUCUCGGCGUGCCUUCGAAAAGCCUGGGCUGGGGAGCCAAAAAUCACAAAGACACCCCUUGAAAUUGAUCAUUUUGUAAAUUCAGGACGAGUUGCUGGCUGCCACCCUGUACCUAUCAGUGUUUAUACUAAUUUAUCUCAUGACAAUUGUUGCCGUCGGAUGCCUUACUCUCCGUCAAGCCAAAAAACUUUUAGCACAAAACCCCGAGCACGAGCAACUACGAAAGACAUUCCAAAGGAUCGUGGCCUUCCACACUUGCGCGUAUUGUAUGUUCUUGAUUUGGUUGACUCUCAACCGGUGCAUGAAGUUCAAUGAGAGCUACGAAGUGAUGAUGACUCUUUCGGAUGCGGUUAGUACGGAACACUAAAAAGGAUAUUGAGUCUUUCCAGGUUUCGUUUUCAAUGGUUUACAUUCUGAUUUUGUGCGAUAAAAGAGUGAAAAGAGCAGUGGAGACUGUGAUGAGGGCGAAGAUGAACAGACGGAAAACAGUUAGGCCUUCGCAGGAAGUGUUCUCUUCAAAUAUAGAAGUAGUUCAUUGUAUUAAUAUUGUGCCAAACUGAAUUCUUUUUUUGUUAUUGUUGAAAUAAAGUUUUUAUACUCGAAAAUUCAAUGUGGAGCCACUUGCGUCCGAUCCGCCCGCGUCGCCGUCCUCUCCCUGCCUUCUACGCGCUCCUGCUGCUUCCAGCAGACUUCUGAUGCAUUCUCCGAAAAUUUAUUCUCGAAUUUGUAAAAUAGUAACUUUUGCUUCUUCUUCUGUUUUUAAACUUUUAUUAUUAUUUUUUAUAUAUUGUUCUCUUCUGAUCUUCAACGAAUUCUUUGGCGGACUUGUCGCCGGCGGCCAGUGAGGCAAAUAUCGAGAAACGCGCCUUCUCACAGCCUUGGCGCAUUUCGUGAAGGCACAUUUCACGAUUUUUGCCGAUGUGUCCCUUUUUCACUCAUUUUUCACAGAAUUUUGACAUAAAUUUGUGAAAAAUUACAAUUUUAAGGCGAUGACAAACGACGUGGAAAUGAAAUCGGAGACGGAGGAGCUCCAGCCCUUUCCCACCGUUCACAUUCUUCAGGUAAAUAUCGAAUACUUAAAAAUAUCCCGGAGAUUCCAAAAAGUUCACUUUCAGGUUGUCAAAGAUGCUCAACAACAGCAUGGGUUGCGUCAUGGAGACUACCCUCGUUAUAGGUACCGAAUCCGUUACCAUUCCAUCAGAAAUAUAUUGAUUUCCCCGCAGAAAGUACUGCGCGGCCAAGCUGGAACGCAUGCGAAAGGCGUUGAAGUUCACCAACACGCACAAUUGCCAGAAGAGACGACAGGCAAAGUUCCAGAAGAAAUGGCUGACCGUCGAAGCGCUGCAAACCGCCCAAUUUCUCAAUUUUGGCAUUUUUGAGGCGGAACGCCGUUAUGCAGAGGCGAUGAUUUGCAAAAUUGCGAUUGAGGAUAAUGAGGACAAGGCGAGAAAGAAGUACUCAAUGACGAAUUCUCUCCGGAAAGCUGUGCUGCACGCUGCCAACCUCGAGAAGAUUGUGCACGAAAGCGAACGAGUAAGAUUCGCACGGUUUUCCCGCAAAAUUUUCCUAAAAUAUCUAUUUUCAGUGCGAUGCCCCCACAAAGCUUGAGGCUCAGGCCUACGCAGCAUGGAUGCGUGGAAUGCUCGCUUUCGAGUCUCGCAAUUGGCAGAAGGCGUCGGAUUCGCUGAAACUCGCGAAAACAGUGUACGAGAAGCUGGCCGAUGCCACCAACAACACGACACUUUCAACAAUUUACAAAGGGCGCUGCCGCGAAAUUCAGCCACAGCUGCGCCUGUGCGAAUUCAACGCGGCCGAUGCUCCGGAAGCCGUAGGAACUGUGACCGAGCUCAUGGAGUUGCGUAUGCAAAUGGGAGAGGGAGGAGACAGCUCUGUUGAUGUGGGUUUAAGCUAAAUUCUAAUAUGAUAUUCAGUCAUUUUCAGAAGCUCAUCUCUGAAAUGCGUUCUGCGGCGACGUCUGCGGAAGUGGUAACGAUCGAAUGGGGAGGAAUGAAGAACACCGUGGACGACGAGAAGGCGAAACAAGUGGUUCAGGAGUGGAAGCAGACAGAAGUCGAGUUGGCGCAAUGCCAAACGGCGAAGGAAAAAUGGCGCUGUACGAGAAGGCGACCGCCGACACCCGCGACGCCAUCGAUCGUCUCUCGGAUGCGAUUCGUCGGAAGAGCUCUGAGAACGCGGACACAACUGUGCUCCAAUCAAUCAAAUCGUACUUGGAGUUCCUGAAAAUGAACGGAACCGCAUCUCGUUAUCUGGCAAUCAUUGAGAACACGAAGAACGAAAAAAAGAGCAAGCCGCAGGAUCUUCUCAGACUUUAUGAUUCGGUCAUCGAGAUCUACAAAGAAGUGGCAGAAACACCGGGCGCUGAGUACGACAAGGCUCUCAUCCAGGCGUUCGACGUAAAAGUGGAGUAUUAUCGAGCGUUCCGCUGCUUCUACAUGGCCUCCUCUUUCGGCGCUCUCCACAGAUACGCAGAAGCCUCCGCUCUUUUCGAUCGUACCCUCUCCAGAAUCCAGGAAGCGGAUGCGAAGCUCAAAAAGCUCAAGGGCAAUUCGUAUGUGACGAAUGAGAAUCAAAAGUCGCUGUCGGCGCUUAAGUCCGAAGUGGACAACGCGAAAAUCUCGGUGCGCGCCGCUCGUUUGGCGUCGGCCGCCGGUGGAAUCAAGGUGGAUGCGGAGGUUGCGAAGCAGAUUGACGAACGACCGCUUCUGGAGACUGUCGACGAGUGGCGCCAGUGGAAUGUGCGCGAAUCACUGAGGGACAAAAAGACGAUCCCGGUGGCAGCGCUCCCGCCCGCAUUCAUCCCGAUGCCCAACAAACCGAUCUUCUUCGAUCUGGCCAACUUCCAUUUGACGGUGAGACUUAUCUUGUUCAUUUCUGACUCGCAUUUUUCAGAUGCCACCAUUGGACGAGCGGAUCGAAAAACUACAAAAAGAGCGCGAAACUCAGAGUCCGAAGAAAACGGCGAAAGGACAGUCUUCGACGGCGAAUCAACCGGAGACCGAGGGAAUCUCGGGAAUGGUCUCCGGAUGGGGAAAGAUGUUCUGGGGAGGCAAGAAGUGA